GCAGCUAAGCGUAGCAAAACAGUGACAAAUUUUAGAAUAUUUCUCUUAAAUAUAAGAAAUAUAGGAUAUAAUAAAGUAAAAAGAUGGGUAAAGGUUUCAACAAUUAUAUGUGUAAGAAAUUCUUUCACCCCGCCUCAAGAGAUAAUCUUAAGCGGGUAUGGAUGGCGGAACAGCAGGCAGAGGCAUAUAAAAAGAAACAGGAAGAGCUGCGCACACAGUAUGAAAAGGAACAGAAUCUCCAUGAGAACAAGGCAAUGCUCAGCAAAGAUAGCAAGGACAAGCUGAGCGUUAAUUUCAUGUAUGAGCCGCCGCCAGGUGUGCGCAAGGAGCGUGAAAAGGACGACAACGAACCGGAAUACAAAUUCGAGUGGCAGCGAAAAUACAAUGCUCCCCGUGAGUCAUACUGCAAAGGUGACACUGAAAUACGAGAUCAGCCAUUUGGUAUUCAAGUGCGCAACGUGCGUUGCCUCAAGUGUCACAAAUGGGGGCACAUCAACACGGAUAAAGAGUGCAGCAUGUAUAGCAUAUCGAUGAGUGAGGCACGCAAACUGCAUUCCGAGUCCGAGGCUAACGAGAUAAUGUCCAAAAAUGUGCUCGAGGAGCAAAUGAAGGAGGAUGGAUUGAUGAUGAAGCACUCGGCCCUGGAACUGCAGAGCAUUAAAGAUGUGCAGCAGCGCCAUCAGCUGGUACCCAGCGACGAGGAGGAUGAAGCCACACGCGCCGCUAAUCAACAGAAUCCAGAAUUGUUAUUUCUAAAAUCCUUGAGCAAGAAGCAAAAAUUGAAAUUACUCAAAAAGCUGGAGAAAAUUGAACGCAUGAAACGCAAGGGUGAAAAGAAGUCAUCGAAGUCCAGCAAAAAGAAGUCCAAAAAGGACAGCAAAAAGAAGAAGAGCAAGAGCAAGACUGCAGGAAGCAGUUCGUCUUCUUCUUCAUCAUCUUCCGAGUCCGAAAGUGAUUCAGCUGACCAAAAGCACCGCCACAAAAGUAAUCAAAAGAGCAGAGAGAGAUCCCGUUCACGCAGCAAACUGAGAGAAAAUAAAGAGCAUCGCACUGGUGAACGGCACCGAUCGCAUAGUCGAAAUGGUCACUCAAACAGCUUCCAAACAGGCGGCGAGGAGCGACACAAUAGACACAGAGAUAGAGAUAAUAAGCAACGCAGCAAUGGACAUCGGGAAAGGUCCCGCAGCGCUCACCGAGAUGAGCGAGGUAGACAGAGGCGUCAGCGUUCGGACAGUGUUGAUGAUCGACGGGGACGGGAACGGCAGCCGGAGCACAGCAAACGCGAUAGAUAUUGACAUUAUAAGCAUUUACAAUUUUAUAAUCGAAACGGCAGCAAAGCCCACCAAUAUAUCAGUUUUAUUACAA